ACUUGGGUUGGGCACAGACCACGAAUCCGGAGACUUGGGCUUGAUUGUGGUAAUGGUUGUGGUGGGCUUCGAUAUACAUAAUGGGCGACAUUAUGUAAAAAGUACUCUGUGGCUUCGCAUUUCGCCAUAAUAAUAAUAUGUACUAUAUGUGUGUGGUGUGUGCAAAGAGUAAUCAGAAUCACUACGUUAUGUUGGUUAUGUUAUAUUUUUGUCAUUUGUGAUGUUUUUCCAAAUAAUCCCAAGAAUGAUGAAUAAUUGAUAAAUUGUUCAAUCCUAUUUAGAUAGGCAAUGAAUUAUUGAUAAAAAUGGCAAGUGCACCAAGCGUGUACAGUUUUACUCACAGCGUAGAUGUAGAAAAUAAAAUAGUUGAUUAUAAACCUAGACAAUUAAGACGAAGCAGAAGAGCUGUUAAAAAUAAACAAACAAUUGCUAGACAUCCAAAGUCACAGAACAGCACUAAAAGUAAGCCUAAAUCUGAUGAUUUUAAACAUGUAUGUCGAAUUUGCUUACUCCCUGAAGACAACAUGGUAUCCAUGAUGUCCAAGAUUGGCAGUGAAUCUGCGGCUGAUAUGUUUCAUUCCAUAACUUCUGUUGAGGUGAAUCCAGAAGAAAAUCUUCCUUUGGAAAUUUGUGGUCCCUGCCAAAAUAAACUUAUUGAUUGCUAUAAUUUUAAGAUUAAAUGUUUGGAAUCUAACAACAUACUAAAAUCUUGUUCAAUCAAAAUUGGUAAUAAUAAAAAUCGCAAAAGUAAAAAAGUUUCUAGUACUGCAGACAAAGAAGACAAAGCAAUACAAACAUUUGUUGAUGAUUGUGAUGGUAAUACUACAAAAGAUCAAUCUAAAGCAGAAAAAGCUUUUGGAUUAAUAUUUGAAGAAGAUGAUUAUGAAUCAGGAGCAGAUUAUGAGGAUUAUGAUAAUAAUGAAGAAAUUGAAUUCUUAGAUGAGGAUUCAUAUUUAGAAGAAUCGAAAAAUGCUGUAACUGAGAUAGAAAAGCAAAUUCAACAAAUAACAUGCAAUUUUUUGAAGAAAAAAAACCCGUGUCUUAAAAAGAAAAAACAGUUCUCUUGUUCCAAAUGUUUAAAGACAUUUCGUAAAUUAAAGACAUUGAGAGCUCACGCCAAGGUAUGCAGUGCAACUAUAAAAAGUGAAUUCGCUUGUAGUCAAUGCACAGAAGGUUUUGAUUCGGAGCAUGAUCUAAAAUUACAUUCAGCAAUACACGUUAAGGGAAGUCCAUGGAAAUGUGUUGAAUGCGAUAAGGAGUUUACAGAUCGCAGCCGAUUCCGGCGCCACAUCCGCAUCCACAUGGCCAGCACGAGGCGCUGGGCGUGCAACACGUGCGGCAAGGCGUUCGGGGAGCUGAGCGCGCUGCGGCGCCACGCGCGCAUUCACACCGGCGAGCUCAAGGAGAAGACCAUCCAGUGCAAGCAGUGCGACAAGAAAUUCGCGGAUAAGAACCAGCUAAGGGAGCACAACGCAAGGCAUACCGGAGAGCGUCCGUGCACGUGCGACGUGUGCGAGAAGAGCUUCCCGUCGCCGCGCCUGCUGGCGUCGCACCGCCGCGUGCACAGCGACCACAUGCCCUACGCGUGCGCCUACUGCGACAAGCGUUUCCGUAUGAAGGCAACGCUCAUCACUCAUCACCGCACGCACACGGGCGAGCGCCCGUACACGUGCACCACGUGCGGGAAGAGCUUCAUCCAGGCCUCCAACCUCAACCUGCACAUUCGCGUACACACAGGUGAAAAGCCGUACUCGUGUGAUGUGUGCGGGCGCGGGUUCGCGUCCGGCUCCCGGCUCGCCGUGCACGCGCGCGUGCACACGGGGGAAAAGCCUUACAGCUGCCCUAUUUGCGGGAAACGGUUCGCACGCACCGACAUCAAGGUGCACAUGCGGCUGCACACUGGCGAGCGGCCCUACAGCUGCGCCGCGUGCUCCAAGCGCUUCGUGAGCGUGGCCGCGCUGCGCGAGCACAGACUCGUGCACACCGGUGAAAGACGGUUUGAAUGCACUUUGUGCCCAGAGAAAUAUAGGAAGAAGACAUACUUGAUAAAUCACAUCGACAAAGUCCAUGGCAAGGGCCAAAAUGUUCUUAUGAGAGUCCAACCUCAUAAGAUUAAUGAAGAUUGUGAAAUGAACGAAUGUGAAGGUGAAAAUAAAAAUAUAACUUUAGAUGCUGACGAAAUUCCAGAUGACGGCGUAGAGCUUAUGUUACUCGAUGAUAGUGAUGUUAAGGCAGAAGAACAUGAAGAACAGAACGAUAUUAAUAACGACCAAAAGAGUGGCGCCAGCUUCAACGAAGAUGUUGUAGGCGAGUAUUUAAAUAUGAGUGAAGAAGGUGAAAUAAAUGAAUCAGAUUCCAAUCAUGAAGGAACCACAGUAUACUUAGAGACACAGUAGCCAGACGCCUUUGAUUUCGUGGUAAAAGAAGUCUACGACGACCCGUCAACAUAGGGCCUUAACCACGUAGGUCAGUUCGGUUCGCUCCUUCGUCCAACACUUACCGCGCGAUUGCUCUGUGUACGGCUUCGUCAAACCUCAGUAUUUAUUAUCAUAAUAUCUUUACUCUGUGGACAUUCUUACUCAUUAGAUAAAAGAUUAUUGCAAAUUAAAGCACCAAUUAUGAAUAAAAUGGCUAGAAUUUAAGAUGAUGAGGAACUUGUAAUAUUUUAAGUUACUAAUAAAGGGAGUUUUUAUUUAAGAAAA